UACGUCGACGCGGGAUGGGAUUGACUCUCACCUGUAGUCUCAUCAUCGAUCGUCGGCUGUCUGGAAACUGGAUAGUCUAGAUCCGAUCGCAUUAGUCUUCUCAAUUUCGCCGCUAGACCAGUGACCGAUGCGGCCUGAUUCUCGGAAUUAUAUGGUUCGCCCCACGCUCGCUAAUUCCCUGUGGCACUGUUCCCCAGACUCCUCCUCCUCUUCGCUGCUCCAGGAUGUUUAGUCUCCAGGGUGUUUAAUCUCCUACAGGCACCGUUUUGUCGCACGUCAACGCUGUCACUUGGACCGUUUCAUGUGGAGAAGCGCACGAGGGCAAAGAAACCCUUUGGCCAUUUGAUCUCGUGAGUAGACGAAAUAAUUGAUCCGUUUCUGAUGAAAGCAUAAAAUCCUUUCACCAUCGAAAUAUCUCAACGUCGGAGAGGGGUUAGUGACAGAUGUUAGUCUUCAAGAAACUGUUUCAAAGGGUGCGUGGUUGGAUCUGCAUGUGGGUUUGACCUUAGUGAACUAGCUCCUCAAUUAUUGUGAUUCCUUCCCCCUAGUUGUAGGUUGUUCGCAGAUUGAUUGCAACUGAGAAGGUGGCAUGCUCUGAUAAUCGGAAUCAAGUUGAUUAAUUAUUGACUUAAAUGGUACCUGUCUUUUGAGAACGUCUUCUUAAGCCCCAUGGAAUUAUGAUAGCACUCUGUAGGUGCAAGUUUUCUUAACAAAAUACGACUCGGACGAGUUGAUGACCAUCAAAGAUUUCGGUGGAGCACAGAGGAGGGUUGCAAAGCUUGGAGUUGGCGAAGCGAACAUGAAGACUACAGCCAUGAAAGGCCGCACCAUGCACAAGACGAUGUACAACUCUCGGUUAACUAUCUUGUGUGGCCUUGUGACAAUUCUCGUCUUGCGGGGCACUAUCGGCAGCAGCGGUGUCGACAAGUCACCCCAAUUCUUGCGCACCAACAUGAACGUGAACGUGGACUUGGUGAGAAAGACCGUUGUGGUUGAAGAGGAGAAGGAAGUCGAAUGGGACCCAAGUAUUCCCUUCAGCCUGGGACCGAAAAUCACCAGCUGGGACGAGCAACGCGUGCUGUGGAAUAAGAAGAAUCCUGGCGCGGCGAAGACCCUCGACGGAAAGGACCGGAUGCUGCUGGUCACGGGAUCUCAGCCCACGAAGUGCGACAACCCCAUGGGUAGUUUCCAGCUGCUCAAGGCGCUGAAGAACAAGAUGGAUUACUGCAGGCUGCAUGAUAUCGAAAUUUUCUACAACAUGGCGCACUUGGAUGUGGAGCUGGCAGGCUUCUGGGCAAAGCUGCCGUUGCUGAGGAAGCUCAUGCUGGGGCACCCGGAAGUGGAGUGGAUAUGGUGGAUGGACUCCGACGCCCUCUUCACCGACAUGACCUUCGAGAUUCCGAUUGAGAAGUACAAGGGGUACAACAUGGUGCUUCACGGCAAUGAAAAGGAUGUCUAUGAGAAAAAGAGCUGGUUGGGACUGAACACGGGCAGCUUCCUCAUGCGUAACUGCCAGUGGUCGCUCGACCUUCUGGAGAUUUGGGCGAUUAUGGGCCCCAAGGGUGCGGUGCGAAUGGAAGCAGGUAAACUGCUCACUGCUUCACUUAGCGAACGCCCCGCAUUCGAAGCUGAUGAUCAGAGCGCGCUGGUGUAUUUGUUGGCGACACAGAGGAAACAGUGGUCACCGAAGGUGUAUUUAGAGAACAACUAUUGUCUUCAUGGUUAUUGGGUUAUGAUUACGGAGCGCUACGAGGAAUUAAUGGCGAGGGGGAGGCCUGGUGCCGUUGGAGGAGAAUUCCAGUGGCCAUUCGUGACACACUUCGUGGGGUGCAAGCCAUGCGGUAAGGGGGGCAGCAGCAGCUACGGCACGGAUCGUUGCCUCGCACACAUGGAACGUGCUUUCAACUUCGCUGAUAACCAAAUUCUCAAUAAGUAUGGCUUUAGGCACAAGACGCUCAACACGUAUAACGUCCGUCGCGUACGGAACGACACGGCUGAUCCCCUCGGACUCAAGCACCUUGUACUAUGAUUAUCUUCAGUUUUAUGACUCGAAUGAAUCUGUGGACUUGGUGGCGCACAUGCAUAGCGGUAAGCAAUUAUCUAGUGAUCAGAGAGCCUGAACGGUGACAGAAUCCUUCGAUCAGCUACCUCGAAUUCAGCACCUGGGAAAUUACUUCUGCAACUGCUCCAGAGAAUGAGUUGUCUAACGCAAUGGAUGAGUAGGCUUUAAAAGCGUAAUCUCAAAGUGAUGGUGACUGCGUGCGAACUAGUCAUCAACUGGAAUAAGAAACAGUGGAAGUCUUCGCUGUUCAAGACGUAAUUGGUCUGCGGAUUACGAAGAUCUUCACUAAAUUUGGAGUUGCGGAGUCCGCAUGAGUGUUUCUUCCCGUAUGUUGUCGAUAGGAGUGUACAGGAAGGAUUAUGGAGGACAGAUUCAUUACCAAAGCAUUCUUGAGCUCCUCUUAAUCAGGUGUAUAUUCUCGUACAACUUGUGUGGUUCUUGAAAACAUUUCGGUAGUUCAAGAGAAGCUAAUCCUACCCCUGCUAUUGGAGUUGGGAGUUUCGUACUGCUGUUCAUAGAAGUUCUGUUCUAUCCUUCAAAUUAGGGUGUAGGGUUGCCCAAGAGAGCGUACCGUCGUUUUAGUUGCCGGCUACGUGGAAUUUAUGGUCUAAUUUGCUGAUGCUGCAUAUGGACUGGAAAGAAAACCAAUUUAAACACAAAAUAUUGCAACUUUCAAAAUCAGUAAAACUAUGCCAUCGGAGAAAUUUCUUGCC